AUGCUCAUACACUUGUUUCUCAUUCUGUUGGCACAGAUCAACAUCCACACGGACGACGGCUUCUUCUACUACGCACAGGAGCACGCGUCAGCAAGCGCAACACACAGCUUAGCAUUACACACACCUACACCUACACACACACCAUCGCAUACACAUACAGUUAGUAAGGAAAUCGCAGCUAAGGUCCAUUUGGUGACAGAGAUGGUACAGAAUUUGUACCUGCAUCCAGGUGUUGUAUUAGUGCACGAGGAAGACGAGGACAGGCGCAGAGACUGUGUGGCCGACAUCAGAAGCAUUGUACACAGCCACUUCCCACAGGACAAACUGCACGAGACCGAGGUAGGUAUGG